AUAAUAAUCUGUAUAUCGAGUGUUGUUUAUUGCGAUGCAUUUUCAUGCGUUUGACAGAUGCAAUACCAUAACGAAAUGAUAUGAAGUAAUACAUAUUUAUUUUGACUUUCUCAGUGAGUUUUGUGUUUAUUUGCACAAAAAAAACCAAAAACAGCUGUGUUUAACAGUUUCAUUUACAUCGCAGAAAUGAAAAUGUAUAUACAUCUGCUGUAAAAGUAAUAAGUAGCUGAUAGAACAUUGAGAGUGAAUAAAGUAACCCGGGAAUUUUUAAAGUUUUAAUUCAGUUUUCAAAGUUGAAAAAUUCAAUUUGAAAAUUACAUUGGAAAAAUAAUAUAAAGCAAAAAACAAAAUUUCGAUAUACAAUGAAAAUAUGUCAUCAGUAACAUUGUCAAAAAGUAAAGUCCGAGUCAAAUCGCCUGUUAAAAAUGGUGACCUAAAGAACGAUUGUGAAGAGAACACCGAAAUCAAAUCCGUACCCGCGUUGACAUUCCAUGAUAAUACCACGUUGGCUUCAAAGUCUUCAAAAAACAAAAUGAGUUCUGAGUCAACAAGUAGGAAUCCUCUGGUUGAGAGUACUUCAAUAGUGUCAAACAAUGAGUCGAACCGGAAAACUAAUAAUGAGAAUGAGAACAAAACUACAAAAACAUCAGCAAAUACACAAAAUGAAGCGAUUAAUAACAACAAUCCAACAAUUAAACUUCGGGCACGUCCCGCAAAAAAAUCAGCAUCACCGACUCAAAUGUUACCUUGCGCUUGGUGUAGUGAUAAUAAACCUAUCCUCAAGUAUGUUUUGCCUACUUUGUCUGGCGAUAAUCUUCAAUUUUGUUCAGAAAUGUGCAUAGCAGAAUUUCGAAAAGCCGUAAAAAAGGGGGCUUGCAAGCAAUGUGGAAGCAUUGUCAGAUUGGCUGUUGCUCCGAACAAGGAAUACUGUUCAUUGUAUUGUAUGAAUAAAAUAAUUUCGAAACAUGGAAACAUUGAUGGUGUCAGUAGCACAACCAAUAUGAAUGGAAAUUCAAAAAAGUCCCCAACCAACAAUCUGUGUACGCUAGCGCGAUCUUUUCAAUACGAAACUUCUCAUGUAUUCAAUUGGGAUGACUAUUUGGCCGAAACAAAUAGUGAAGCUGCACCCACAUAUUGCUUCAAGCAAGCAGUAGAUCCACCCGUUAACAAAUUCGAAAUCGGAAUGAAACUGGAGGCUCUCGACCCAAGAUGUGUUACUUCCACCUGCAUUGGAACCGUAAUUAGCGUUAUGGGUUCUCGCUUGCGUAUUCGUUUAGAUGGUGGCGAUAAUCAGAAUGACUUUUGGCGACUUGUUGAUUCAAAUGAAAUUCAUCCGAUUGGCACAUGCGAGAAAAACGGUGGACAACUCCAGCCUCCACUGGGAUACAACAGAAAUGUGAAUGGAUGGCAAACAUUUUUGAUCAAACAGCUCAAAAAUGCUGUGCUCGCUCCAGAUGAAAUCUUUCAACCAGAACCUAUAACACCAAAGAAAAACAUGUUCAAG